AUGCCACACCUAGUCCACCACAGAAGACGCCACUCCUGGCCCUACUGCGGAGGGACGAACUCGCGUGAGCGACGAACCCUGCCCGUUCUCACGGCCCCUUUUGAGCCCUCGAACUCCUUCGAACGACCCUUCCCUACCCCCUUGGUCCCGGGAGAGCUUCCCGAAGACGACGCUGCGUGGGCGGGGAUCGCCCGUGCCAAAACUUCCCGGUCCCGUCGUUUCUGGCUCUCCUCUAGACACGCGGUCUCCGAACAGCAGUACUCAACUACUGCCGCGGGAUCUGGUAGCGGCGGCUCGCUGCGACGCAUGAUCCGCCCCCCGCUGGACAAGGCUCGUUCGCUCUUCGUGCUGCCGACGACCACCACGGCCGGCGACAAUGUUUUUGUAUCUUUUUGGGUUCCGCAGCGGCCUGAGCUUGGCGCUCCGGCUGGUCGGCUUCCUGACCGGGGUCGGACGCUGGGGGAUGGUCUGGGCCAUCUGUCGCCUGGUCGGAACCAUCGUCGGUGUCAUUCAGAACAGCCGCGCGCGUGGCGACGACCCAGUGCGACCUUGUGGACCUUGAAGGAGGAAUGA